AUGCCAGGAAGCCCCAAUGACUUCCAUUUCGAACUUCAUGCGACCCCUGUGCAGCAUCGAAGGUGCGCUGCACCAAAGAGCAGCACGGCUGUUCCCGCUGUGCUCAAAACGGCCGGAACUGCGUGUAUGGACGAUCGCGACGAAAUGGUAAACCACCGUCCAACAAGACCACCGCCCAUCCGCUCCACUCUUCGUCUCGAGUCCCGGUAG